AUGACUCUCUACCACGGCCGCCUGCCGUCUCUCGGAGUGCCGCCCUCGGGUCUGAGCCUCUCAGGUCCACCGCUCAUCUACCUGUACGGAGGGGACAGCCGAGGGGUCGUGCCCGCCGCCUUGAGCUUCGUGCCGGCCCGUCAGGAGCCUCCGCAGAAGCCGCCGUACAGCUACAUCGCGCUCAUCGCCAUGGCCAUCAAGAGCGCACCGGAGCAGCGCGCGACGCUCAGCGGCAUCUACCAGUUCAUCAUGGACCGGUUCCCCUUCUAUCACGACAACAAGCAGGGCUGGCAGAACUCCAUCCGCCACAACCUCUCCCUAAAUGACUGCUUCAUCAAGGUGCCCAGAGAGAAGGGCCGGCCCGGCAAAGGCAGCUACUGGACGCUGGACACCAAGUGCCUGGACAUGUUCGAGAACGGCAACUACCGUCGGAGGAAGAGGAAGGCGAAGAGCCAGCAGGAGGCUCUGGACUCCAAAGCCGGAGGACACAAGCGCACGAAGGGCCCGGGCCAAUCCAGGGAUCCUCAAGCCUCCCUGAGACAUCAGACUGGCUCGGGUCUGGAGGCACACGCGGACACAAAAGCGGUUACUGUCGAGUUUAACCACGCGGAACAGACGCCAAAUCCUCCAGGACCUAAAGUGUCCCACAACCAAGACGCGAUUGCGUCCACCGGGAGGAGGCUUGAGUCCCCCGAGCCCGAGACAUGUCCCGUUCCGAGACACGCUCCGCUCUGGAUGGACGCUGCGCGCGUCCCAAGCGCGUCCCCACGCCGGGAGCCAGAGGAGAGACGGUCAGCGUUCAGCGGAAGAGACAAGGACAGAGGUCCGCUCUGCGCCGUCAGCUUCAGUUGCGCAGGGAACACGAACUUGGCUGCGCUCGCGCCGGACAGGCUGAAAGGACACGCGCCGGGCAGGGACAAAUCGAAAGGUUUUAGCAUCGAGAGCAUCUUAUCGAGGAGCGAGGACGAAAUGCGCAGCAGCAUCCUCGGGUUGUCCGCGGAGACAUGCGCAGAGCGCAGUCCGUACGCGGCCCUCGGCGCUCGGCAGCACCAGUUGUACCACAUGGGAUUCCCCCUCUGCUCUUACCUGUCACUCGCCUGCCCCGACAAAGUGCUGCAUUUUAAAUGA